AUGAGGAAACCGAGGCCCAGAGAGUCUAGCAAAUCUGCCCCAGGGUCACCAGUGGGGUCAGGAUGUCUCCAAAGGCUCUCGCAUUCAGGAAUUUCCAGGCCCUUCCUCGUGCUGCCCCCUCUGAUGGAGUGGAUCCGAGUGGCCGUGGCUCAUGCUGGCCACCCCCCGGACUGCGAGCCACGCCAGCUCAAGGCGGACGACUGCUUUUGCGCUUCUCGGAAACUGGACGCAGUGGCCAUUGAAGCCAAAUUCAAGCAGGACUUGGGCUUCCGGAUGCUUAACUGUGGACGGACGGACCUGGUGAAACAGGCAGUGUCCCUGCUGGGACCCGACGGAAUCAACACCAUGAGCGAACAGGGCAUGACCCCCUUGAUGUACGCCUGCGUCCGUGGGGACGAGGCGAUGGUGCAGAUGCUGCUGGAUGCCGGAGCUGACCUGAAUGUGGAGGUUGUCAGUACUCCUCAUAAAUAUCCAUCCGUCCACCCUGAGACCCGCCAUUGGACGGCUCUGACUUUUGCUGUGUUGCAUGGACAUAUUCCUGUAGUUCAGCUUCUCCUGGAUGCUGGGGCCAAGGUGGAAGGCUCAGUGGAACAUGGCGAGGAGAACUAUUCAGAAACACCUCUCCAGCUUGCGGCAGCUGUGGGGAAUUUUGAGCUGGUUAGUUUGCUGUUGGAGCGUGGUGCGGAUCCCCUGAUAGGAACCAUGUACAGGAAUGGAAUUUCUACAACCCCCCAGGGUGACAUGAACUCUUUCAGCCAGGCCGCAGCCCAUGGACACAGGAAUGUGUUCCGCAAACUGCUCGCUCAGCCAGAGAAGGAGAAGAGCGAUAUCCUGUCCCUGGAGGAGAUUCUGGCUGAGGGGACUGACCUGGCAGAAACAGCCCCGUCCCCCUUGUGUGCCAGCCGCAACAGCAAGGCCAAACUGAGGGCCCUGAGGGAGGCCAUGUAUCACAGCGCUGAGCAUGGCUACGUGGAUGUCACAAUUGAUAUCAGGAGUAUAGGUGUCCCAUGGACUCUGCACACGUGGCUGGAGUCACUGCGGAUCGCCUUCCAGCAGCACCGCAGGCCUCUCAUCCAGUGUUUGCUCAAGGAGUUCAAGACCAUUCAAGAGGAGGAGUACACAGAGGAGCUCGUCACCCAAGGCCUGCCCCUGAUGUUUGAAAUCUUAAAAGCAAGCAAGAAUGAAGUGAUCAGCCAGCAGCUGUGCGUCAUCUUCACACACUGUUAUGGUCCCUACCCCGUUCCCAAGCUUACGGAGAUCAAGAGGAAACAGACCUCACGCCUGGAUCCUCAUUUUCUUAACAAUAAAGAAAUGUCUGAUGUGACCUUCCUGGUAGAGGGAAGACCCUUCUAUGCUCACAAAGUGCUGUUGUUCACAGCCUCUCCCAGGUUCAAGGCCCUUCUCUCCAGCAAGCCAACAAAUGACAGCACCUGCAUAGAGAUUGGCUAUGUGAAGUACCCCAUCUUCCAGCUGGUCAUGCAGUAUCUCUACUAUGGUGGCCCAGAGUCACUUCUCAUUAAAAACAAUGAGAUUAUGGAGCUUCUAUCUGCUGCUAAAUUUUUCCAACUGGAGGCACUGCAGCGACACUGUGAGAUUAUCUGUGCUAAAAGCAUCAAUACUGACAACUGUGUGGAUAUCUACAGCCAUGCCAAGUUCCUCGGGGUCACAGAGCUCUCAGCAUACUGUGAAGGCUACUUCCUUAAAAACAUGAUGGUCCUCAUUGAAAAUGAGGCAUUCAAGCAGCUCCUGUAUGACAAGAAUGGUGAAGGUACGGGCCAGGAUGUGCUUCAGGACUUACAGAGGACGUUGGCCAUUAGGAUUCAGUCCAUCCACCUGUCGUCCUCCAAGGGUUCCGUGGUGUGA